AUGAUGCUGCAACGUCCUCAACUCCCCGACGACAACAACCAGGAGACGGCGGCAGCGUCUCACUACACCGUCCUGCAGAGGCAGAGAGACAGACUCAUCAGCUGCUGGCGGGAUCAGCCGAAGCACGACGACGGCCGAUCUCUCAAUCUGGAUCCUUUUUGUGGCAUCCUUGCCAACGGAGGAGAGGGGGCGAUCAAUCAGGAGUUACCCGGCGGAUUGCCCAAUCGAGGCCAAUAUCCUUUUCUCGGAAGCGCUUCGGGAUGUGGCGAUGACGAGCGGACGACGGCCACGAGCGGCGGCGCAGCUGCAGCGCCUGCUGUCGGCACUCGGAGGAAGAGGGAAGCCUGCACCCUGAAGGUAUUACGCACUACACUCUGCUGAACCCUGAGUUGUCAAUGGACGCCGUGAAUCCUGUGGUCGCAUUGACGAAUGUUCGACUGAAGCAGCCGGGAAACGAAGGAGGGGACAAGAGGAUGAGGGGAGACGAUGUCGAUGGUCUCGUUCCCAAGCUGGAGAGUCCGCCCAUCUCCACCAUCACUACCGCCGCGAGUGACACUUGCGAGGGAAAGUCAAAGGCGUCGGCGCCGCCUGGGAAGAGCGAUUACAUCCACGUGAGAGCCCGCCGCGGCCAGGCCACCGACAGCCACAGCCUUGCCGAGAGGGUGAGCUCCCUCUUCCCCCAAAAACUAGAGCACAUAGGCCAUACAUUCCCCUUCUCUGGCUAAUCAUAUUCCGGGAUGGCGAUGUCUGGUGAAGGUGAGGAGGGAGAAGAUAAGCAAGAGGAUGAAGAUCCUCCAGGACCUGGUGCCUGGAUGCAGCAAGAUCGCGGGGAAGGCUGGCAUGCUCGACGAGAUUUUGAACUACGUCCAGUCCCUCCAGAGACAAGUCGAGGUAAUCUCCGAUAUCCGGCGAUUCGUAGGAUGUAAACAGAUCAUUCAUCAUCUCACAUAUUUCACCAAGUCUUAUUGCUGCGUUAUUGUUGCAGUUCCUGUCCAUGAAACUCGCCGCUGUGAGCCCAACAAUCGACUUUGGCAACAUCGACGCCCUCUUUGGCAAGCAGGUAUUCGAUCGACGACGACUCUGAAGAAGAAAAAUAAAAUAGGAGAAAUACAGUAAAUUCGAGGAACGGAGGCUCCUACUCUUCUCCGAGUUAACUCUUCUCACACCCAACUGCGCGGUAGGCGGGCGGGUGGGGGAAAGUGGAGGGAAGAAGGGAGAAGGGAGAGAGAGAGAGAGACGUCCUGUAAUGCUCAUAUUGAUUGCGACCGCAGAAAAUCCAGAAGAGGUUGGCCCCAUAUGUAG